AUGAAACUACAGGCACAUAUUCCAGGACAGAUAUCUGGACAGAUGCCAUCUUUAAGCGGUGUGUCAAGAUCAUCAAAUAACAUGGACCCUGAAUUUCUUAGAGCACGAGCAUUUAUUCAAGAGAAGAUCUGUGAUGUGUUAUUGCAUCGGCAUCCUCAGGCAGUUAAUGAUAUGCAGAAAAGGAGGAUUAAGGAUCUUGCAAAACGCCUGGAGGAGGCCAUGUUAAAAGCUGCUUCCUCUAAGGAGGACUACAUGAACUUGGAAACACUAGAGAGUCGUUUAUCUAGUUUCCUUCGACGGGCAACUAUGAAUAAUCAAACCCAACAAUAUCCUCAGCUUAUUGGCUCCUCUCCCAUUGGUACAAUGAUACCAACCCCUGGUUUGUCGCAUGGUCCAAAUUCAAGCAUGGGGGUUGCAUCUUCUAUAGAUGCCUCAAUGAUAUCUUCCAGCGGGGGUAAUAGCAUGGUAUCAACAUCUUUCAAUAGUGUAAAUAUGUUACCACCUGGUGGCAUGCUUGGCAGUUCCAUAAAUAGAUCUGAUGGUUUGUCAAAUGGAUAUCAGCAGUCUUCUACCAACUUUUCCGUUGGCUCGGGAGGGAACAUGUCAUCAAUGGGUGUGCCGAGAAUUUCAAGCCAAAUGAUUCCUACGCCAGGAUUUACCGUCAACAACAAUCACUCACAUAUGAAUGUAGAUUCAUCUUCUAACGGUAAUAUCUUUUCUAGUGCAGAGUCUACUAUGGUAUCACAGUCACAGCUGCUGCAGCAGAAACAGCAUGUUGGAGACCAAAGUCAUGUAUUGUCGAACCUUGGCAGCCAAAUGAGUAGUGGAAUGAAAUCUGGCACUUCUGAUGGCUAUGCCUCAACUUAUGCUAAUUCCCCUAAACACAUGCAUCAGCACUUUGACCAGAAUCAGAAACCAGUAGUGCAGGGUGAUGGAUAUGGAUUGAAUAAUGUCGACCCUUUUGCUUCUGGAAACUUCUAUGGGUCUGUGGCAUCUUCUGGGUCUAUGAUGAACACUCAGAACACAAAUUCAGUAAAAUUGUCAUCUAUACCCAAGACUAAUUCAUUGGUUAGCGGUCACUCAAAUUUGCAUGGUAUGCAGCAGGCUGCUCAUAUGAAAUCUCAAGCAGUCAAUCAAUUGGAAAAGUUUCAGUCUUCAUCGACUUCAAGAGAUGCCUUUCUGCAUUCUCAACAACAGUAUCAGCAAAGGCCCCAGCAAUUUCAACAGCUAGAACAGUAUUCACAAUCACAGCAACAGUUUCAGUUGAAACUACAUAGUCAGCAGCCUCAGCAUUUGGUCAAUGACGAUGGUUUCAAUCAGUCUCAGUUGUCUUCCAAUCUAGAAAACCAAGUGAAGAUAGAGCCUGGAAUUGAACACGAUAAAGAAGUGCUCAAUUCUCAUGUUCCUGAACAGUUCCAUAUGUCUGAGAUGCAGAAUCAGUUCCAGCAAAAUUCCUCUGAAGAUUGUUCUAGGAGUGCUCAAUACCUUUCCUUUCCAUCUGGUCAGCACGAUUUAUCGUCAUCAGCACCUCAAAAUUCGCAACAAAUGUUGCAUCCACACCAAUUAGUUGCAGAAUCUCAAAAUAAGUUCAGCUGUCUUACAGUUGGUGCACAAUCCAAUUCUAAACCAGUAGUUCUAAACCAAUGGCCUGACUCACAAGAUGGUAACCACAUGUCUAACAAUAUUUCACACGACCAGCAUCUCCAUGUGGAUUUUCAUCAAAGAAUAUCAGGAAAGGAUGAAGCUCAUUGCAAUAACUUAUCAUCAGAUGUAUCUAUGAGCCAAGCUGUUGCUCCUAGAGGCGCAGCUGAUCCACCAGACCCAGGAAGUGAUCUCAAAAAUGCGCACAAAAAUCAACAAAGGUGGCUCUUAUUUCUACUUCAUGCUCGACGAUGUUCUGCUCCUGAAGGACGAUGCCAAGAACGCUGUUGUUCUAGUGCACAGAAUUUAUGCAAGCACAUAGAUGGAUGCACCCUAGGUCGUCAUUGUCCAUACCCGCGUUGUCAUCAUACUAGGGUAUUGCUUCGUCAUUUCAUGCACUGCAAGGAUCCGUGUUGCCCUGUUUGUGUUUUUGUAAGAAAUUACCGGCGCGCAUUUCAACUUAAAGCUCAGAUUCAGCCAGAAUCUCAAUCAAGUUUGCCAAGUGUGGUAAAUGGAUCGUGUAAAUCUUACAAUAUUACAGCUAUGUCAUCCAGAUUGAUCUCAAAUCCUACAUUAGUUGUGGAAACUUCAGAAGGCUUGCACCCAUCUCUAAAACGCAUAAAGAUUGAGCAUUGCACCCAAUCUGUUAAUCUUGAAAAGGAUAAUUCUGUUUCAUCCUCUAUUUCUGCAAAUUGUGAAUCUCUUGUUUCCAGGGAUGCUCAGUCCCAAAUCUAUCCCAAUGUAGAGAAGUCUAUCUCAAUUAAGUCUGAGCUUACAGAAGUAAAAGCAGAAGUCCAGUCUCAUGCUAAGCUUAGCGAUAUGAAGAUGGAUUCCAAUAAUGUAGAUAAUAAAAUUCCCAGUGGUGAGCCUGUCAAGAAUGAUGAUCCUGGUAAUUUAGCCAGGCCAGACAAUAUGAAAAAUGAGAAAGAAAUUGGGCAAGAUAGGCAAGAAAAUGUGACGCAGCACAGUGAAAAUGCAGCUGGAACGAAGUCUGGUAAGCCAAAAAUUAAGGGGGUCUCUUUAACUGAAUUAUUUACUCCAGAGCAAGUCCGGGAACAUAUUACUGGUCUCCGGCAAUGGGUUGGCCAAAGCAAAUCAAAGGCAGAGAAGAAUCAAGCAAUGGAGCAUUCUAUGAGUGAGAAUUCCUGUCAAUUAUGUGCUGUUGAGAAGCUUACAUUUGAACCGCCACCUAUUUAUUGCACAACAUGUGGGGUUCGCAUCAAACGGAACAAUAUGUACUAUACCAUGGGUACUGGUGAUACUCGGCAUUAUUUUUGUAUCCCAUGCUAUAAUGAUGCUCGUACAGAACACAUUGUUGUUGAUGGGACUCCCAUCUCUAAGUCAAGAUUGGAAAAGAAGAAGAAUGAUGAGGAAACUGAGGAAUGGUGGGUUCAAUGUGAUAAAUGCGAAGCUUGGCAACAUCAAAUAUGUGCUUUGUUUAAUGGAAGAAGAAAUGAUGGUGGACAAGCUGAAUACACUUGCCCUAACUGCUAUAUUGAAGAGGUAGAGCGGGGUGAGCGCAAGCCAUUACCCCAAAGUGCUGUUCUUGGAGCGAAGGAUUUACCUAGAACUAUUCUUAGCGAUCAUAUAGAACAACGGUUGUUUAAGCGGCUAAAGCACGAAAGAACAGAGAGAGCAAGGUUUCAUGGGAAAAGCUACGAUGAGGUUCCUGGAGCUGAUUCCCUAGUCGUAAGAGUUGUGUCUUCCGUUGACAAGAAGUUAGAAGUGAAACAGCGCUUUUUGGAAAUUUUUCAGGAAGAGAAUUACCCAACAGAAUUUCCAUACAAAUCCAAGGUAGUUUUGCUGUUUCAAAAGAUUGAAGGUGUGGAAGUAUGCCUAUUUGGCAUGUAUGUUCAAGAAUUUGGAGCUGAAUGUCAAUUUCCCAAUCAGCGCCGGGUGUAUCUUUCAUAUCUGGACUCUGUGAAGUAUUUCAGGCCCGAGGUUAAAUCAGUAACUGGAGAGGCUCUUCGAACAUUUGUUUACCAUGAAAUUCUGAUUGGAUACCUUGAAUAUUGUAAGCUGCGCGGUUUUACCAGCUGCUAUAUAUGGGCCUGUCCUCCAUUAAAGGGUGAAGACUAUAUUUUAUAUUGCCAUCCAGAAAUUCAGAAAACACCAAAAUCUGACAAGCUUCGUGAAUGGUAUCUUGCCAUGUUAAGAAAAGCUUCAAAGGAGAAUGUUGUGGUGGAUAUCACCAACUUAUAUGAUCAUUUCUUCACAUCUACUGGUGAAUGUAGAGCUAAGGUUACAGCUUCCAGACUGCCAUAUUUUGAUGGUGACUACUGGCCUGGGGCUGCAGAGGAUUUGAUUUAUCAGCUACGCCAAGAGGAAGAUGGAAGAAGACAAAAUAAAAAGGGAACAACCAAAAAGACUAUCACAAAAAGGGCCUUAAAAGCGUCUGGCCAGUCGGAUCUUUCAGGAAAUGCUUCGAAAGAUCUGCUCCUCAUGCACAAACUUGGUGAAACCAUUUCUCCAAUGAAGGAAGAUUUUAUUAUGGUUCACUUGCAGCAUGCAUGUAGCCACUGCUGUAUUCUAAUGGUGUGUGGCAACCGUUGGGUUUGUAGUCAGUGCAAGAACUUUCAGAUUUGUGAUAAGUGUUAUGAAGCAGAACUACAGCGUGAAGAGAGAGAAAGACAUCCUGUUAAUCAGAGAGAAAAACACACUCUUUAUCCGGUUGAAAUUACUGAUAUACCAGAUGAUACAAAGGAUAAAGAUGAUAUUCUUGAAAGUGAAUUCUUCGACACUAGACAGGCAUUUCUGAGUCUCUGCCAGGGAAAUCAUUACCAGUAUGAUACUUUAAGGCGGGCCAAGCAUUCCUCAAUGAUGGUCCUAUAUCAUCUUCAUAAUCCAACUGCUCCUGCAUUUGUGGCCACUUGUAAUGUAUGCUAUCUUGACAUAGAAACUGGUCAAGGUUGGCGUUGUGAAGUUUGCCCAGAGUACGAUGUAUGCAAUUCUUGUUAUCAAAAGGGAGAUAUUGAUCAUCCUCAUCCGUUGACAAAUCACCCGUCAAUGGUGGAACGUGAUGCUCAGAACAAAGAAGCAAGGCAGUUUCGAGUAUUGCAGCUAAGGAAAAUGCUCGAUCUUCUAGUGCAUGCCUCCCAAUGUCGUUCUGCACAUUGCCAAUAUCCUAAUUGUCGCAAAGUGAAGGGACUCUUCCGCCAUGGUAUGCACUGCAAAACACGUGCUUCCGGAGGCUGCGUUCUUUGCAAAAAAAUGUGGUAUUUGCUUCAGCUUCAUGCUCGCGCAUGCAAAGAAUCAGAAUGCCACGUGCCACGAUGCAGAGAUUUAAAAGAACAUCUAAGGAGGCUGCAGCAGCAGUCUGAUUCACGGCGAAGAGCUGCUGUAAUGGAAAUGAUGAGGCAGAGAGCUGCUGAAGUUGCUAACAAUGCUUGA